AUGCAUCUUGGUUCCCUCUCAGCCUGGGCCGUGACUUGGCUCGCGGGUCAGGCACUGGCCAUUGACCUGACCGUGUCUAAGACUGGAGGAAAUGCAUCCAGCCCUUUACUAUACGGCAUCAUGUUUGAGGUCACUAAUGCGAAUAUAGGCGAUGGGGGAAUUCAUGGGCAGGUGCUUCGCAACAACGGGUUCCAGGGCACCAGCCCUGGACUGACUGCCUAUGCCGCCGUAGGCAAUGUCAACAUCACACAGGAUACUUCCAAUCCUGUGAGCAGCGCCAUCGCCUCCUCCCUCAAGGUCACAGUCCCCUCCGGAGCCGCCGGCUACGUAGGAUUUGCCAACACAGGUUACAACGGGGUUCCCGUUCUGGCUACCACGUACAGCAACUCGUUCUACAUCAAAGGCGCCUACUCGGGGACUAUCAAUCUCCGGCUCGUGGGAACCUCGAGCGGGAUCGUCUAUGCAGACCACAACAUCACAGUGAAAAGUACUACCAGCAAAUUCACAUCCUACGAGACGAGCUUCAAAUCUAGUCAGUCUGCCGAUGCAGACAAUGAGUGGCAGUUGCGGUUUGAUGCUACGAAGGUGGCUGGAAAGUCUCUCAAUUUCGGCUUGGUGCAGCUUUUCCCACCCACAUACAAGUCACGACAAAACGGGUUGCGAAAUGACGUUGCCAGCUUUCUUGCGGAGAUCAAACCGUCCUUCCUGCGUUUCCCGGGAGGCAAUAAUCUUGAAGGAGCUAGUCCCAGCAAUCGGUGGAAAUGGAAUGAGACUAUUGGCGCUGUUGUCAAUCGACCAGGUCGCCAAGGCGAUUGGACUUACGCAAACACCGACGCACUGGGCCUCGACGAGUAUCUCUACUGGUGUGAAGACAUGGGAAUGGAGCCAGUUCUUGCCGUCUGGGCAGGUCUUUCUCUGGGGGGAGGUAUCAUCUCUGGUUCAGCAUUGGACCCGUACAUUGAUGAUAUCCUCAACGAGCUUGAGUACGUGCUUGGCUCUACGACGACGACAUAUGGUGCGCUCCGGGCCAGGAACGGCCGCACGGAGCCCUGGCCAGUGAAAUAUAUCGAGGUAGGCAAUGAAGACAACGUGCAAGGCGGAUGUAGCACCUACGCCAGCCGCUUCACGGCAAUCUACGAUGCAAUCCAUGCCCAGUAUCCCGAUUUGAUUAUCAUUGCCUCGACGACCUCCAGCUCUUGCCUCCCGGCGACAUUGCCCAAGGGGGCCUACACCGAUAUCCACCACUAUCUCUCGCCCGACUCCUUUGUCGCCCUUUUCAACGAGUUUGACAACUAUUCUCGUGAGCAUCCCCUUCUAGUUGGGGAAUACGCCAGCACGACUGGAAAUGAUGGGAGCACCACCUACUGGAGCUACAUGCAGGGCAGUUGUGCCGAAGCCGUGUACAUGAUUGGUCUGGAACGCAACAGCGAUGUUGUCAAGAUGGCGAGUUUUGCGCCCUUGCUCGAGCAUUUUGACAUGGCCGAGUGGUCGCCGGAUCUUUUCGGUCUCGAUUCUAGCCCUGAUUCCAUCACCGGCUCAACCUCAUUCUAUGUGCAGAAGCUGUUCUCUACCAACCGGGGGACCACUAUCCUCCCCGUCACAAGCACUGCAGACUUUGGACCUGUCUAUUGGGUCGCUUCUAUGUCUGAAGAGAAAGUCUACUAUGUGAAGCUGGCGAACUACGGGUCGACGGCCCAGAACGUGACGGUCAAUAUUGCGGGAACCACCAAAGGAUCCUUGGAAUUACUGUCCGGCGGCGAGCUCGUGAGUAAUUAUCCGCACGACGUGUCGAUUACUCCUACCACCUCGACUGUGACGGGUCGUGGCAGCUUUACCGUGAAUUUGCCGGCCUGGGCGGUUGCCGUUCUCGCAGUAUCGUGAAGCAUCGGGUUGGUCGAUUAUAUUGAACGUACUGGAGCCUG